UCCCUAAUUGAGUUCAACUGUGCAAACACUCUUCUCUUCUGUAUCUCUUCUCCUCAGCCACCCCGAAAUUACAUAACCUAUCGCCAAACAAAUUCCAUUUUCAGCCAGAGAAAGAGAUCUUGAGGAGAAAAGAGGAAGAAGAGUCAAAGGAAAUGUCAUUGAGAGGUGUAUGGCAACUGCAAAAGCUGAUUGUGAGUUUCUGUAACUGGGGUGGCAGUAGCAGGGGCAUCAGGGCAUUUAUGGAAUCUCAUUUGCCUGCUUUUAGAGAGAAGAAUCCCCAGCUUGAGGUGGUCACUGAACUAAAUCGUGGUUAUCAUCCGUUUCUGAAAGGAUUUUAUAAAAACAAAAACGAGCGGGUUGUCUGCGUCAAGAAUAUGAGUCCAGAGGACAUACUCCAAUCUGCUACUAGGCUAAGAAAUUCACAAGGAAGAAAGGUGGUGAAGCUGAAGACAAGGCAUGUAACCAAGCAUCCUAGUGUUCAAGGGACGUGGGCAACAGACUUGAAGAUGUGAUGAACAAACCAAUGCUUGGUUUUAGAAUUCCCAUUGUUCGCUUCCUUAUCAGGACCUGGUGGGUGAAAAUAUAGACUCUUUGACAUCCUUUGAGUAGCUCUAUCAAGCUAGCAGCACUCGCUUUUGGUAUUUAAUAUUACAUGAUCAGAUAGAAACUGUAGGAUCGAUGGGUGAUGUUCUUCUGCUAUGUUUUCUCAGGCAACCAGAGCUUUAUAUGGACCUUUUUCAUCUAUUCUCCCCAUCCUGUUCCUCGUCUUCUACCAAGGAUUCAAGCUUUCAAAAGUUGAAUAUCAUUGAUAGGUGGAAGAUUUUGGUUGUUUUUACUUUUUAUCUGAAGGGAUGACAAAAUGUAGCUUUCAUCAGGUUGUCAAUGCUUUUCAAAUGUUUACAAACUUGGUAUUUGGACAAGCCUUCUGGAGGAAAUUCAGAAAGAUAAAUAUUGUUUUC